AUGAGCUGGAAAGGAUUUCAACGCGGGGUUGUGCGUGCACCCCAGCAAUUUCGCCAAAAGAUGAACAUGGGCCAUAUCACCAAGGAUGAAGUGUACAUUGACGCAGAGAGGCGAUUCACUGCGAUUGAGAACUCGACCAAGCGCCUCCACGAGGAAUCUAAGCGGUACUGGAAGGGAAUCCAGGGCAUGCUAGAUCACCAGAUCGAGUUUUCGAAGGCAAUUGAAGAGAUCUACAAGCCGAUUUCUGGCCGACAGAGCGACCCCAACUCGACCAAGCCCGAGGGCAACCCUGAGGGUAUCGAGGCCUGCCAGCAGUACCGUCAACUCGUAACAGAGCUUCAAGAGAUCCUCAAACCGGAGCUGGAGCUGAUUGAGACCAAGAUUCUCCAGCCCGCCGAUGAGCUGCUUGAGUUGACCAAAGGUAUCAAGAAGAUGCUAACCAAGCGGGCCCACAAGCAGCUGGAUCUCGAUCGAUACACGCUGUCGGUCAAGAAGCUGCAGGACAAGAAAGAGCGCUCUGUGAAGGAAGAGGAGAAACUGUAUAAAGCAGAGAAUGAUUUGGAAAUGGCCACCCAGGAAUACGAAUAUUACAAUGAGCUUCUUAAAGACGAGUUGCCCAAACUUUUCGGCCUUGAAGCUGAUUUCAUUCGCCCUCUUUUCCAGUCUCUUUACUACAUGCAACUGAACAUUUUCUAUACUCUAUUCAAUCGGAUGGAAGAAAUGAAGAUUUCCUAUUUUGACCUGAACGCGGAAAUCGUCGAGCAGUUCGAACGUAAGCGUGGUGAUGUUAAGGAGCGUACCGAAGAGAUUGAUUUGACCCAUUUCAGAGUUGGACACCAAAAGUACAAGCUUGAACAAACUAAACGGCGAUUCGGGAAAGACACUGCUUCUCAGGAUGGAGCCCCUCCUACCUCCCCGGUGUCUGCAGCCUCCGGGACUCCUCCGGUUUAUGCAGCAUCUCCUGUCGGAGCUGGGCAACCGGUUCCGCCGGCUCAACCAGCGUAUGGACAACCGGCGUACGGACAACCGGCGUACGGACAGCCAGGAUACGGGCAACCGGCGUAUGGGCAACCAGCUUACGGUCAGCCUGUUUCCCAACCUUAUGCGCAACCAGCAUACGGGCAGCCCCCCGUGGCCUAUGCGCAGCAGCCUGCUACUACUACGAAUGGGUAUCCCUUGGAGAAGCAGGAAUAUGCGCCGGUGGGUGCGGCUGCUCCCGCGGCGGUACCUGCCCCAGCAGCAGCAGCAGCAGCAGCAGCUGCCGCACCCGCUGUCGAGUAUUGCACAGCAUUAUAUGAUUACACGGCACAGGCUGCGGGCGACUUGUCGUUCCGUGCUGGAGAUAAAAUCCAGGUCCUUCAGCGCACUGAUGCCAAUGGUUGGUGGACAGGAGUUUUGAACGGGCAGCAAGGCAUUUUCCCAGGAAACUACGUGAGUUUGAGUUAG